AUGUCUCAGGACCGACCUUGUAAACGCUGUAUCAAGAGAAACAUUGGGCAUUUGUGCCAUGAUGAACCAAGAGAGGGACAUGGCUAUCACAAGAAGUCCAGAACCGAAUCAGACACGGCUGGGCUCGACGAGCAAUCUUCGCCAACGGAUGACUUCGCGUCGGCUCCAAACCUGCCUGGCCCCGCCUUGACAGACGACUCUGCUCCCAACCUGCUGCAAGAUGACCAUAUUGCACUGAGACCGCCCGCCAAUGACACGAUGGCAGUCUCCAAUUCGAGUACAUCCGCUCCAAGUGCUGCUAACAAUGGAAAUACUCAGGCUCAAUUCGGUUAUAAUGAGCAGUGGCCCGGUACCCAACAUAGGUUUCAUGACAUGCAGGCGUUCCAUCCAAACUUUAUGUUCAAUGCCAAUGAGGUGACCGACGAGUUCAACCUGCUGAAUGAUUUCCUCAGCAACAGUCUGUUCGAAGAGACAGGGAUGUAUUCGACGGAAGAGUUCCAAGGCCCCUUUAAUGACCCCUCCUUCAUGAAUUCCAUGGCCGCAUCUUCCUUCCCACACGCCGGCGUCGAUACUUUGCUACCCCCGGACCAGGUCAACCACAAUCUGUCCACACACCAGAGCAAUGCAGCCCACGCAGCGAUGAUAUCGAGGCCACCGAGUGCAAAGCCGGUAUCUGACAAAGCGCGCGAGAAAUACUACAUGAUGGCAGCAGAUCCGACUGGGCAAGAACCACCAGAAGAGCGCAUGCAGAAGCUACUGAAGGCGAAGUACGACGCAGGAAUGCUGCGACCUUUCAAUUACGUGAACGGCUAUGCUCGACUCAAUAAGUACAUGGAGAAGCAUAUGAAACCGCAUUCUCGUCACAAGAUCCUGAUGCAGCUUGACCAAUUUCGCCCCAAGUUUCGAGAACGAAUGCAGAGCCUGACCGAUAUCGAGCUGGUGCUGGUGGAGAUGUGGUUCGAAAGGAGCUUGAUGGAAUACGACCGAAUAUUCGCCAGUAUGGCAAUACCUGCCUGUUGCUGGAGGAGAACGGGGGAGAUCUUUAGAGGCAACAAGGAGAUGGCAGAGUUGAUUCAAGUACCUAUCGAAUCCCUGCGCGAUGGCAAGCUUGCUAUUCACGAGAUCAUCGUCGAGGAUCAGCUCGUCAGUUACUGGGAGAAGUUCUGUGCUAUCUGCUUCGAUCAGCAGCAGAAAGCCAUGCUCACGAGCUGUACGUUGCGAAGCCCCACAGCGGGCGCCGAUGCCGAACCCAUUCAUUGCUGCUUCUCUUUCACUAUCCGGCGAGAUAACCACAACAUGUAA